UUCGAGGCAACGUAAAUCCUGUCAAUUGGAAGCACUUAUCAUCGAAACUUAAAAAAAUGGCCGAUUUCUUGGAUUCAGAAGCAGAAGAAAGCGAGGAGGAGGAGGAGUUAGACGAUAAUGAAAAAAAGAAAUUAAAGAAAAUUAAAGCUGUGGAAGAAAGUGAGGAAGAAGAGGAGGAAGAUGAUGAAGAUCGCUUACGUGAAGAACUUAAGGACUUGAUCGAUGAUAAUCCAAUAGAAGAAAGUGAAGGAGAAGACAGCGACGCUUCUGGAGGAUCUAAGAAACGUAAAAAGAGUGACGAUGAGGAUUUUGAUGACCGUCUAGAAGAUGAAGAUUAUGAUUUGAUAGAAGAAAAUUUAGGAGUAAAAGUUGAGAGGAAACGUUUCAAACGCCUCCGCAGGAUUCAAGAUGAAGAGUCAGAGGAAGAGCAGGAGAAGGAAGUGGAUGAUGACAGAGAUGCUAUCGCGAAUGAGCUUUUCGAAGGCUCUGGAGAUGAAGAUGAAAGAAGAAGCGAACGCAGUCACAGGCCAGAAGCGGACACAUUCGACGAAGAAGGAAGCGAAGGAGAGUACACAGACGCAGAUGAUUUUAUUGUGGACGAUGAUGGCAGACCGAUUGCCGAAAAACGGAAAAAGAAAAAACCAAUCUUUUCUGAUGCUGCACUUCAAGAAGCUCAAGAUAUUUUCGGCGUUGAUUUUGAUUACGAUGAAUUUGGUAAAUACGGUGAAGAGGACUAUGAGGAAGAGGAAGAGGAAGAAGAAGAUGAAUACAUGGAUGAUGAAGAUGCCGAAAGACCAAGAAGGCCAAAAAAACAGUUGAAAAAGAAAACUACGAGGAAAAGUAUUUUUGAAAUUUACGAACCAAGUGAACUUAAACGCGGUCAUUUCACCGAUAUGGAUAACGAGAUACGAAAUACAGACAUACCAGAAAGAAUGCAACUUCGGUCCGUUCCUGUUACACCAGUCGCAGAAGGUUCGGAUGAGCUAGAUCUAGAAGCAGAAUGGAUCUAUAAACAGGCUUUUUGCCGUCCAACCGUUUCGAUUCAAGACGCCCAUUUGAAUGCCGAAGCUAAGGAAAGGGCUCGAAAAGGACCUCAGACGAUCGGUAAAAUUAAGAAGGCUUUAGACUUCAUGCGAAAUCAGCACUUCGAGGUUCCUUUCAUAUCGUUUUACAGAAAGGAAUACGUUUUACCGGAAUUAAACAUUAACGAUCUUUGGAAGGUGUAUAAAUUCGAUGCAAAGUGGUGUCAACUUAGUCAGAGAAAAGAAAAUUUAUUAAAAUUAUUCCAUAAAAUGAGGAAUUACCAAUUAGACGAGAUUAUGAAAAACCCGGAUGCCCCUUUGCCAGAUAAUGUACGACUGAUUAAAGACGAUGACGUAGAACGAUUAAAAAAUGUGCAAACCAACGAGGAACUGAACGAUGUUUAUCAUCACUUCAUGCUGUACUAUAGUCAUGAGAUACCAGCGAUGCAGGAGGCUGCUCGUCAAAAGGAAAAAGAAGCACGUAAAGAAGCAAAGAUUCAGAAACGAAAGCAAGAAAUUGCGGACGCAGAAGAAAAUGGUGAGGAUCCGCAUGCGACGGAGGAGGAAGUCGAGGGAGCAGAGGAAGAAGGAGAAACGGACGAAACGUUGAAACAGGCGGUUCGAACUGGCCCAUAUUCUAUUUGUAGACGAGCUGGUCUCGACAGCCUCGCGAAAAAAUUUGGUCUUACUCCUGAACACUUUGCUGAAAAUUUGCGGGACAACUAUCAACGACACGAGGUAGAUCAGGAACUCACUGAACCUUUAACUAUUGCCAACGAAUACUGUAGUCAAAUACUUAAUAGUCCUGAAGAGGUACUGAAAGCUAGCCAAUUGAUGGUAGCUAUACAGUUAGCGCGUGAACCUUUGGUAAGGAAAUGCGUUCGGGAAAUGUACAUGGAAAGGGCAAAAAUAUCGGUGAAGCCAACGAAAAAAGGAAUGAAAGAGAUAGACGAAAACCAUCCAAUUUACGGGAUGAAGUAUCUGAAGGAUAAACCGGUGCGAGAUUUGGUUGGUGAACAAUUUUUAAAUUUGGCGAUAGCCGAGGAGGAUAAAUUAAUCACGAUUACGUUGAGCGAUAGCAUCGAAGGGAAUACGAGUAACAACUACGUUGAUGAAAUGAAGCAGCUCUAUUAUCGAGAUGAGUUUAGCAAAAAUGUUCAGGAUUGGAACGCGUUGAGAGUGGGAAGCGUUGAAAUGGCUCUUACGCGCAUAGUCCUACCGAGCCUGAAAAAAGAGCUAAGGGGGAAUCUGAUAGCGGAAGCGAAGGAGUGCGUGAUGAGGGCAUGUUGUCGUAAAAUGUAUAAUUGGAUCAAAGUGGCUCCUUACACCUGUGAAUUUCCAGAAGAAGAGGACGAAGAAUGGGACACCAGCAAGGGACUUCGAGUAAUGGGGUUAGCGUAUGUUCCAGAUUAUUCUCAAGCCGCGUUCACUUGUCUGAUCGCUCCGGAUGGAGAGUGCACGGAUUAUUUGAGAUUGCCUCACCUGAUGAAGCGAAAGAACAGCUAUCGAGAGGAUGAGAAAAUGAUGAAAGAGGCUGAUCUGUUGGGGAUUCGAAAUUUUCUAUCGACAAAAAAACCGCACGUUGUAGUGAUAAGCGGAGAAUCGAGGGAAGCGAUGAUGAUAGCGGCUGACGUUAAAGAAUGCAUAGCGAACCUGGUGGAGGAGGAACAAUUCCCGGGCAUUCAGGUGGAAAUUUGCGACAAUGAACUAGCUAAAAUCUACUCGAAUAGUAACAAAGGGAUAUCCGAAUUUCGGGAUUACCCUGAAUUAUUGAGGCAGGCUAUUUCAUUGGCAAGGAGAAUGCAGGAUCCGUUGGUAGAAUUUUCACAGUUAUGCACCGCUGACGAGGAAAUAUUGUGCUUGAAGUAUCAUAGCUUACAGGACCAAUUGCCGAAAGACGAACUUCUGGAGAACUUAUAUUUAGAAUUUGUAAAUCGCGUGAAUGAAGUCGGCGUUGACGUGAACAAGGCGGUGCAGCAAGCCUAUUGCGGGAAUUUGGUGCAAUUUGUGUGCGGGUUAGGACCGAGGAAAGGGCAGGCAUUGAUCAAGAUGUUAAAGCAAACGAAUCAAAGGUUAGAGAACAGAACACAGCUUGUGACCGCUUGUCAUAUGGGACCGAAGGUUUUUAUUAACUGCGCCGGUUUUAUCAAGAUAGAUACGAAUAGUUUAGGGGACAGUACCGAAGCGUACGUAGAAGUUCUCGAUGGAUCCCGUGUUCAUCCAGAAACAUACGAAUGGGCGAGAAAGAUGGCAGUGGAUGCUUUAGAAUACGACGACGAGGACGCUAAUCCUGCUGGAGCUCUCGAAGAGAUCCUCGAAUCUCCUGAGAGAUUGAAAGAUCUUGAUUUGGAUGCGUUCGCGGAAGAGCUCGAAAGACAAGGUUUCGGCAACAAAUGCGUCACUUUGUACGAUAUCAGAGCAGAAUUGAAUUACAGAUACAAAGAUUUACGAGUAUCAUACCAGUCGCCAAGCGCGGAAAGAUUGUUCGAUGUUCUGACGAAAGAAACUCCAGAAACAUUUUACGUGGGAAAAUUGGUGUUAGCGACGGUGGUAGGAAUAAGCCAUAGGAAGCCACAGGGUGAUCAAUUGGAUCAAGCUAAUCCCGUGAGAAACGACGAAACGGGUUUGUGGCAAUGUCCGUUUUGCUUGAAGAAUGACUUUCCAGAACUCUCCGAAGUAUGGAAUCAUUUUGACGCAGGAGCUUGCCCAGGCAAAGCGACUGGCGUGAGAUUGAGAUUAGACAACGGAAUAUCAGGUUAUAUUCAUAUAAAAAAUUUAUCCGACAGACACGUUGCGAAUCCGGAAGAGAGAGUGAGCAUAGGACAAAUAAUCCAUUGUCGCAUAAUAAAGAUUGAAGUAGAGCGAUUCAGCGUUGAAUGUACCAGCAAAAGUAGUGAUCUCGCUGAUAAAAAUCACGAAUGGAGACCGCAAAGGGAUCCGUUUUACGACACGGAAGCGGAACAAAGGGAUACGAAAGUCGAGGAAGAUGCGAAAAAGGCAAAACAAAGACAGACCUAUGUAAAACGGGUAAUCGUGCAUCCCUCUUUCCACAACAUUAGUUUCGCGGAAGCUGAGAAAUUAAUGCAGACUAUGAAACAAGGAGAAGCAAUUGUCAGGCCUAGUAGUAAAGGUGCGGAUCACUUGACUGUCACAUGGAAAGUUACCGACGAGGUCUAUCAACAUAUCGACGUAAGGGAGGAGGGAAAAGAAAAUGCGUUUUCUCUGGGACAAAGUUUGUGGAUUGGAAAUGAAGAGUUCGAAGAUUUAGAUGAAAUAAUCGCGAGACAUGUCAAUCCUAUGGCUGCGUACGCUUCGGAGUUGUUGGACUUCAAAUAUUAUAGAGCAACUGUAGAAGGCAUUAAAGACAAAGCGGAGGAAAUAUUGAAAGAGCAAAAGAAAGAAAAUCCAGGAGGAAUUCCGUAUAUAAUAUCCGCCGCAAAGAAUUAUCCAGGAAAAUUUCUUUUAUCUUACCUUCCGCGAACUCGAUGUCGUCACGAGUAUGUGACGGUGUCACCAGAAGGAUUCCGAUUUAGGGGGCAGAUGUUCGGUAGAGUAAAUGACUUGUUUCGAUGGUUCAAAGAACAUUUUCGGGAUCCGGUACCUGGACAGUCUACUCCUAGCACUCCACGUGGCGCUAUGACAUCUAGAACACCCUAUCAUACGACGCCGGGUGCAGUAAGUGGAAUGAAUCAAGAAGCUAUACAAAGGGUGGCACAAAAUCUUCCUCAUCAUAUGUUACAUUCUUUAUCACAAGUAGCGAAUCAAACUCCGCAUCAUUAUCCACCCCAUACACCAGGAACUGCAAACGCAACUGGUUAUAGUGGAGUACACACUUAUCCUAAUACACCGUACACACCUUCUGGACAAACACCAUUCAUGACACCAUACCAGACGCCGCAUCAUACUCCUCACCAUCAUGGUCAACCAACUCCGAGAUAUGGACAACAAACACCUAAUCAUCAACAAGGUCCCUUCAUUCAUCCACCUCCUCCUUCAGGGAUAACAGCCCCAGGACAUCACAGAUCAACUCCAUCGCACAGACCUACACCUCCUAUGUCGACACCCGGUGAUCCUAUGGAUUGGAAGAAAGCGGCAGAAGCGUGGGCACGAUUAAAAAGCGGACCUCGAGUGUCUGGUUCCACUCCAAGAUACGAGGAAUCUAGAAAAACACCACGAAAUUAUGAGGAAUCAGUUGGAAGAACGACGCCGCGAAAUAGAACUUCGACACGGACACCCUCUUAUAAAUCUCCUCGAGGUACUCCACACACCAAUUCUAGCCCUCGGAGUAUGUCUCUUAGUGGAGACGGUACUCCUUUAUACGAUGAAAGCUAACGAGUUCGCUUACUCAUAAUAAGUUAUGCUUUCUGAUUAUAUCAUAUUGUACGAUAUAAACAAAAAAGGAUAUUGGCAAAAUUUUGAAAAGAAUCGAAGUUUGUACCGCAUUAAAAGUGCCCUUAACGGUGAGCGUUAAUGGUACUUGCAUAAAAUAAAUUUGCUGAGCCC